AUGGAACGCAGUACAGGCGCAGUAGUGGAACAAGAGAGGACCAAGUUUAGAGGUCUCCCAACUCAGUAUGUAGUGCAGUGCCGAUGGACAUACACGAUGAGCUACUACUUCCAGUCCAAAUACGCUGAAGAAAACAAUCUGCGCUACCUAGACAGGAAGGAUACGACCAUCUUGAUCCUGAGUAUUCUGGCGGCCGUGGGUAAUGGCUUUCUAGCUCCUUACAACGUGGCCGCCCUCCUUACGCCGCUGCUGACGAUAUUCAUCAAAGUGGAAACCCCUGGCAAUCUACAAAACAUCAACGUGACCGAAGAGAUUUCAAAAUUCACGGACUAUGGCUACGAUUAUUAUAUGAUCGGUUUGAUGAAUUUUUCAUUCGGCUUCGUCCAGAUCAUAGCUUCCGAAACAGUUUCCCGUAACAUAAUGGCCAAAAUUAAGGCUGCCUAUCUGUCAAAAAUAUUGUCGAUGGAGCUUGGAUGGUGCGAUAAAUCGCAAGAACAGUUCGUCAACACCAUGUCUCACGACUUACAGAAGAUGAUGGUAUUAUUCGACAGUAAGAUGACAUCUGCGGUAGAUAUGUUUUCAUUUUUCUUCUUUGGUUGUGUGGCUGGCUUUGUCGUAUCUUGGAAGGUAGCCAUUUUGACCUUUGGGUUGAUGUUGAUUGCUAUAACAGUGAUAUACUUUAUCAUGCAAGCAUCAAAGAAGGUAGGAAACUUGAGACAACAAUACAAUGGAAAAUGUACAAAAAUCAUUUCUGAAGUACUUGGAAAUGUCCAGACAGUAAAUGCAUAUGGAGGUGAAUAUAAAGAAAUUAAAAGGUACAAGAGUAUAUUCAAGAUGAGCAAUAAAUAUGGAUUAAAACAUGCCAUACUGAUCUCCAUAGGAAAAGCAUUCAACUAUUUACAAUUAUGCACUUGCUAUAUGGUAGCUUAUUACUUUUCAGUGAGGUUGUACCUUGUAGACGAUUUCGAUCCUGGCUAUAUAGCGAUUAUUUUAUCAGCUCAAAUUAAUGCUAUAUACCACUGCACAUAUAUGCUGAGUACUGUCUUUGAACUCUUCAUGGCAACUGAUUCAGCUUACAGGGUUAUGAUGUUCCUUGACAGAGAUACCAGCUAUAGUGAUUCAACUGAUCAAGGAAUCAUACCAAAAACAUUUGAGCCCAAUAUUUCUUUUAAAAAUGUUCAAUUCUCCUAUCCAACAACCUUACAUACAAAGGUUCUCUGUGAUCUGACAUUGGACAUAGAGCCUGGUAAAGUCACAGCCAUUGUGGGAACCAGUGGUGCAGGAAAAAGUACCAUUGUAAGCCUGAUUUCACGCCUUUAUGACGUAACUGGUGGGCAGAUACUUGUUGGAGGAGUGGAUAUGAGGAAACUAAAUAUAUGCUGGUUACGGAAUCAAAUUGGUGUCGUUGGACAAGAACCUAUGCUUUUUGAUACUUCAAUAGAAGAGAACAUCAGAUAUGGCAAAACUACUGCAACUUUGGAGGAAAUCAUCGAAGCAGCUAAGAUUUCUUAUGCUCACGAUUUUAUAGAGAAAUUACCUUCAGGUUAUGGGUGUAUUGCUGGUGAAAAAGGUACAAAAUUAUCAGGAGGUCAGAAACAAAGAAUUGCUAUAGCAAGAGCAAUGGUCAGAAAGCCGAAAAUGCUCAUUCUUGAUGAAGCCACUUCUGCACUAGAUUUAUAUUCAGAAGGCAUUGUACAAAAAGCCCUUGAUAACGCCAUGCAAGGCAGGACAACCUUGAUCAUUGCUCACAGAAUGUCAACAGUGAGAAAGGCUGAUGUAAUUUAUGCUAUAAAUGAAGGUCGUGUCGUGGAAAAAGGCUCUCACACUGAACUGAUGGAUCUCAAAGGUUUUUAUUACUCACUAGUAAAGGUUCAGAAACUUGAUGAAAAGGACAAAGUUGCCACAAUAAAUGUUAAUAAAGACGAAUUUUUUGAUGAAGACAUUGUUGAUGACAACAAUUUGGAGGCAUCAGAAAGUAUAAAAAUGAAGUAUAAGAACCUGAGGCUGAAUAAGAAAAACUUUAAAACGAUAAUCGUUUGGUUCCUAGCCGUUUUGUUCACAGUCAUCAUGUCAGCAUUUCUUCCAGUUUUCUUCUAUAUCUAUACAAUGUUUUUUCAGUCCUACACAUAUAUGAAAGAUGAACUGAGCAGGAUAGCCUUGAUUAAUGCUGGUUAUAUCUUUGGUUUGGGCACCAUUGCAUUUCUCUCAGCAGUUUUGUCGGGUACAAUGUCAACUAUGGCAACUCAACUUUGGUUGAAAAAACUACAGGUAAAAGCUUUUUAUAAAAUAGUUUCUAUGGACAUAAGUUGGUUCGACAGAAGUGGAUGCUCGCCUAACGAAUGCCUUGAGGUAUUGACCAAUAGCCCUCCACUCAUCGAAUCAGUUACAGGAGAUAAGGCAUCUCAAGUUAUCAUCUUCAUGAUUUCAUUACUAUUUUCCAUCGGCUAUUCAUUCUUCAUAAGUACAAGCAUAACAUUGGCAAACCUCCCCAUUAUCCUUUUUGUCAUUAUCAUCAACUGCUUCAGAAUGAAGUCCAGAGUCACUGACACUAGAUCUGCCUCCAUUGCGACCAGGUCAACCAAGGUUGCGAUAGAAUAUGUUCAAAAUGUAGAUACAAUCCAGACACUUAACUGUCAAAAGCAUGUCAUAAACCAGUAUCAGGAUAUGCUAGCACUUUCUAAGAGUGAAGCUUUUGUAAGCAUUAUUUGGUAUGCUGUUGUUUAUGGUUUGUCAAAGAGUCUGAUCCGAUUGGCAAUGGGAACAACAUUUAUUGUAGGAGCUGAUGACAUUGCCUUCGGUAACCUUCGAGGAACAUCACUUAUUGGAAUCAUCUCAGCCUUAAGUUUUACAUCCAUGCUAGCCGGACCUGCCUUGAUUUUAAUGAGCCAGUACCCAGCAGCGAGGCAAGCAUUAUCUCGACUCCACAGAAUUGCCAAUACCAAAACAUCUGUCAACAUGUUAUCAGAUAAAGGGAUUAUUCCAGAAAUAAUCGGAAAUAUAGUCUUCCAUGAUGUAAUGUUCUCUUAUCCAACAAGGGACAAAGUGCUAGUUCUCAAAAAGUUGAAUCUUAAGAUCGAAGCAGGAAAGACGGUAGCUAUAGUAGGGGACUCAGGAUGCGGUAAAUCGACAAUCAUCUCACUUCUGGAGAGGUUCUAUCUUCCCAAUGAAGGGAAAAUAUUCAUCGACGGAAAUGACAUUAAUAACAUAAACGUGAGGUAUUUGAGGAGCCAAAUGGGUCUCGUUUCUCAAGAGCCAGUUUUAUUUGAUAUGACAAUAAAGGAAAAUAUUCUAUAUGGUUUAGAAGAAGAGGUACCUAUGGAAAAGAUUAUAGAAGCUGCGAAAAUAGCAAAUAUUCAUAAUUUUAUUAUGAAGCUUCCUCAGGCUUAUGAUACUUCAGUUGGAGAAAGAGGUUCAAAAUUAUCCAUGGGUCAGACGCAAAGGAUUACAAUCGCCAGAGCCGUCCUCAGGAGACCCAAGAUAUUACUUUUAGACGAACCUACUUCUGCAUUGGACACAGAAAAUGAGAAAGCUGUACAGGAAGCUUUGGAGAAUGCUUCAGUCGGUAAAACAACUAUUGUGAUAGCACACCGAUUGUCUACGAUCCGUAAAGCAGACAAGAUAAUCAUUCUUAAGUCAGGCGAAGUAGCAGAAGAAGGGAGCCAUGAAGAGUUGAUGGAAAAGAGAGGCCAUUAUUUCAACCUGUUUAGUAGAUGAUGUUAUUAUACAAUAACAGCUAAGUCAAGAGUUGUAUAUAAUUAAAAUACAGCAAAUGUAAAUAAUGUUUUUUCAAUUUUAUAUUAAUAAAAAAAUUAAAAUAAUAUUAUAUUUAUUCUGUAACAUAUCUUAUAUUAUAAGGUACUUUUCUGUUAUUACCCACCAUUAAAAAAAAAACUAAGUUUUUUAAAAAUUAUAAUUUAAAUAUGCGGCAUAAAAAAAUAUAUGAUUACAUGUUAAAAAAAAAAAAUCAUGCAUUGUUCAAACGAUAAAGAUGAAUUUGAGAAAAUUGUUUAGAGUAGUGUAUGAUGAUAGAUCUCCUGUGAAAUUUGAUCAGGAUCACGGUAUUAUUAAGGAGAGCAAAAUGUGUGAAUUUGGCCACUCUAUGUCAAUUAAAUGUAGAGUAAACUGAGGUCCACGUUGUAGGUGUUCAAGAUAUAUGUGUCAGUGCAAAUGCAGUAAAGGAGAAUGAUAGAUUUGUACUUGUGGAAAUCCCUUUGUAGGAAAAGGUAUCAAAAAAUUUGAAGCACUUUUGCGUUGUAUUAAAAAUUCCAUGGCUCUAAAAAACUGAAUAAAUAUUGUAUUUUUGUUACAUCACAUUUAAUAAAGUCAUAU